GCGGCAAUCCUCACGCUCAAAUCUUUGUCGUCAUGACUCGCGAGAACCAUAUAAGCGCAAACUUACGUAGGUCACCGCGAGUAGCAUGAUAGAGCUACCUCGCCGUAAAUCCGAGCGUCGCUUCGUAUAUAUAGAGACGUAACUCCCGUCUGUUCCUCGUGAAGCACAAAAGACUUCUUUAUUUCGUUAGCAAUUCUACAUACGUUACUACGCUUGCACCUCAUCAUGAGUUCUCGAUACGCUGCAGCUUACGAACACCCGAAAGGCCCCGGGGAUGCACGCCCAACAGCCGAACAGAUUAUCCAAGACGAAGGUCUGGUUGGAAAGUGGGCGGACAAGGUGAUCUUAAUAACAGGUUGUUCUUCGGGCAUCGGAGUCGAGACAGCAAAGGCGUUGUCCAAGACUGGGGCAAAAAUGUACCUAACAGCACGAAGCCUCGAAAAGGCAAAGAAAGCCCUCGGAGAGCUUUCAGAGUCUCCCAAUGUCCAUCUUCUGCAGCUUGACCAGGAGUCUCUGGAUAGCGUUCGGGCUUGUGCUUCGGCACUACUUGCAGAGAAUGACCGAUUGCAUCUCUUGAUUGCAAACGCAGGAGUCAUGAUGACCCGCAAAGAACUCACGAAGGACGGGUUCGAGCUUCAAUUUGGAGUUAAUCACCUGUCACAUUUUCUCCUCAUCAAUCUCCUCACACCGGCUCUACUGAAGGCGUCCACCCCGUCGUUCGAAUCAAGAGUAAUUGUUCUGUCCUCAACUGGGCAUAAGUUUUCUUCCGUCAAUUUCAAGAAUAUCAAUUUCGACGGCGAGUUUGACGCAAUGAAGGCAUAUGGGCAGAGCAAAACAGCAAAUCUGUGGACUGCAAACGAGAUCGAGAGGCGCUAUGGGUCUAACCGACUCCACGCCUUCAGCGUUCAUCCGGGGGCCGUUACAACCAACCUAGGCCAACACAUGUCAGAGGAAGAGAUCAAAGCCAUAACCCAGGACCCAAAACUUAUGGCCAGCUACAUGAACCCAGCUCAGGGCGCUGCUACUAGUGUGUGGGCGGCUGUAUCGAAGGAUCUUAAUGGUCAAGGGGGAAAGUACCUGGAAAACUGCCAGAUAUCAACUCCGCAUGAUCCCGCAGGGGGGAUGUGGGCUCCAGGUUACGGCCAGCAUGCCUUCGAUGUGGCCGGCGCAAGGGAACUGUGGGAUGUUUCACUGAAAUAUGUUUCACUUGAGUGAACAAUUAUUUCUGCGGUUUAGUUGUUUUUGAUUGAGGAAGUCCGUGGAGGCGGAAACGCCUACUCGGUUGCUUUCAAAAUAUUUUGUAUAAAGCAUCAAUGCUAUUUAACUUAUAUAACGGGGCGGGGCAAUGAAAUGCUAUGCCUAGAGUGGAUUUUUAGCCAGGAAAUUCUUUUAUAUAAACUGAAGUCGCAGCCACCCCAAUCACCACCGAGCGAUGACUGCUGAGCG